CACAUGGAUUACUUUUCCGGUUUGCUUUUGACUGUUCAACAUGCACCCGGAAUCUGAUCCUGUGUCCUAUUUUGCGCUCGCUCGAGACGCCCAGUACAGCGUCUUGCUUCUUCUUACUACCCGCGGCUUCUGAGUGAGCUGAUCUCCAUUCUCAUGCCUCAGUGUCCACUGUCCACUUGCAGCCUUGUAGCAGUGUCCAGGCAGUAGUCUCUAUAGAUCCUAGCGCCACGGUCGCCUGAUUGCUGCCUGAAGGAUCGUUCUUCGUGCCCUGGCCUUCUUGGCGUCAGAUGAGUAUAUCUUCACCACAAUCGAAAACAGCAAGACACUAUCGUUACGCAACUUCAAAAUGGCUCCAGAACUCAGACGUUCAAAGCGUAACCAACCCUCUUCGACGCCAGUCGAGAAAGCCACCUCGGCUACCCCAGAUAGCACCAACAACGAUGCUCCAACCCCAAGGAAGCGUGCGCGCAAAGCCGUCACCAUCAAAGUUGAAUCCAAUGAAGGACAACCCUCGAUAUCCAAGAGCAAGGGAACUGCAUCGCCCAUCCCUUCUGCCACAGAACCCUCCCUAACACGGCCAUCCCCACAAAACCACCCCCUACCACCCUUCCUCGCACUCCCCAGAGAACUCCGCGACGAAGUCUACAAACACAUCCUUUCAGCUGACAGCUCCACAACCCUGAAAUCCGGCUCCAGCAAUCUCGCCACCCGCUGCGGCCUUGUCGGCGUAAACGCCCAGCUCUGCGAGGAAUUCCUCGACGCCGUCCUCUUCCACGCCCCCGUCAUCACCACCACCGUGCGCAACCACAACUUCGCGCAUGUAGUCACCUUCCUCAACCGCCUAUCCUCUGCGCAGCUCGCGCGGCUCAGCACGCGGCCCGGCUGGGGCGAAAAAGAAGACUACAGUGCGAAGCCGAAGCGCCAGAUUAGGAUCAUUUUGUCGUACACGGCGGGCGCACGGGACACCCGUGCGCAUUUGAAUAGGUGGCUGGAUAGGUUCGAUGAUCCGGAUAAGCGGGGGAAGGAAAUUGAGUUUGAGUAUGCAGGGGAUGGGAGCUAUCGGAAUGGGGGGUAUAAGCAGAGGCCGCGGACGAGGGCUAUGGCGAGCGAGAGGUGGAAUAGCGAGGCGGCGAAGAUUGGGAAGGCGGCGGCGGUGAGUGGGAGGGCGUAUGGUGGAUGGGGUUGGCACGCGUAUAGCUGAUGACGAGCUGGCAAAGCAAUGGCAUUUAACGGCGGUCUCAUACGAGUGUUGCUGUGUUGAAAGUGAUGGAUGUGUUGCAUAUCUAGCUAUCCGCGAGGAACAAUCACAUUCG